ACACACACCCAGGCGGAUCUCAUUCCCUUGGGUUAUUGGUUAUUAAAACCCUCUCGUUCUCUCUCUGAAGAGUAACGUAAGUUCGGACGCCGAAGCAGAGCAGUCAUGGAGUCCAAGGAAACGGAAUGUUCAUCCACAAUCGAAAAACCUGAAGGAGAACAAGCAAAUGAGGCUUUUGGAAAAAUUUCGGCUCGGAUAUCUCAACUGAAAAGGCAGAUCCAGGCUGCCAGAGUAGCUUCAAUCAAAGAAAAACUUGAAAGGAAUGGAAAGGCUUUACAGCAUCAUACUUCUCAGCUUCUGCUUCAGCAGUCAGCGAUGUCAAAAGAGGAACAGAAUGGGUCAAAAAACAUGCUUUCAUUUAGAAUUGGCAGCCCUCUCUAUAGGUUUAAUGGGUCUGUUCAUGGAUCAGGAGAAAAAGAUUAUGUGAAUAGUCACGAAGUUUUAUCCCCGACAGUUAUCAAGGUUCCUUACAUUGAGAAGAUUCCACCUUAUACAACUUGGAUAUUUUUGGACAAGAAUCAGAGAAUGGCUGAAGAUCAAUCAGUUGUUGGGAGGAGACAGAUUUACUAUGAUCAAUGUGGCAGUGAAGCACUAAUCUGUAGUGAUAGUGAGGAAGAGAUUGCCGAACCAGAGGAAGAGAAACAUGAGUUUUCUGAGGGGGAAGAUCAGAUUUUGUGGAAGGUCAUCCAGGAGUAUGGACUAAAUCAGGAAGUGCUUAAUAUUCUGAGCGAGUUCAUUGGAGCCACUGAAUCAGAAAUCCAGGAGAGAUACAAUGCACUCAUAGAGCAACAUCCAGAAAAACAUCCCAAAAACUUGGAAGCUUCUGCAGAAAGAGUAUCUGAUAGGAGCAUAUUUCUGGGGAAAAGCCUUACUGCAGCUUUAGAUUCUUUCGACAAUCUUUUCUGUCGACGUUGCUUGGUAUUUGAUUGCCGUUUGCAUGGCUGUUCUCAAAGUCUAGUCAUCCCUAGUGAAAAACAACCAAAUUGGUGUGAAAUUGAAGAGAAUGACAGACCUUGCAGUGAUCAGUGCUUUCUGCAGGUAAUGAAGGGUGGCAAAGAUGUACUACAAAGGUCUGAUACUAGUGCAAAUCCUGGUAAUGAUAGCAGAGGCAUCACAGCUGAAGGAAGAUGCAGUUAUAGGAAAAGGGUUUCUGAUAUUCCAGAAGUUUCUAUCGAAGCAUUGAACAUUAAUACAUCUGUUGCAGAUGUACCCUCCCAUGAAAAUAUGGGUUCUGAUGAAUUUCAGGGUUCUGCUAUCAAGAAACAGAAAAAAGUAUUAGACUCCGAUGGACUUUCUGUUGGUUUGGAAGGUCUGCCAGAUGAUCUUGCAUCCAAUGCCAAUAUUAUGUGUUCAGAUUCUGGAGUGUCUCUCAACAAUGAACACCAGAAGACCAAUGAAUAUGUUCUGAAUGAAUCCUUUCAGCAUACUUAUCCUUGUACUGUUACAUUUGAUGAGAAUAAUGAGGGCAUAGAACAUCAAGCAAAUAGUACCAAAGAAAUGCCAAUUAAGCAGUCAUCCAAUUCCAAAAAAGGACAAAGUGAAGGAGCUUUAAGUGGAUGCGAGUGGAAACCUAUUGAGAAAGAACUGUACCUGAAAGGAAUUGAGAUAUUUGGGAAAAACAGUUGCCUUAUAGCUAGAAACCUACUAGCUGGCUUAAAGACCUGUAUGGAGGUAUACAUGCACAUGGCUCAUGAUGGAGCUGCAAUACCACAUGGAUCUGAUGUUCAGCCAAAUGCAUGCCUGGAAGACAAUGGAAAAGCUGAUGCAGAAUACACGGAUCAAGAGUUGCCAACAAGAUCGCGAAUAUUCCGUCGAAGGGGAAGGGCAAGGAAGCUAAAAUAUACUUGGAAAUCUGUUGGUCAUCCAUCAAUUCGCAAAAGAAUUGCAGAUGGGAAACAUCAGUCCUGUAAGCAGUAUACACCAUGUGCAUGCCAGCUUUUUUGUGGAAAACAGUGCUCAUGUCUGCAUAACGGAACUUGCUGUGAGAAGUACUGUGGGUGUUCAAAGAGCUGUAAAAAUCGGUUCCGGGGAUGCCACUGUGCCAAAAGUCAGUGCAGAAGUCGGCAGUGCCCAUGCUUUGCAGCUGGCCGUGAAUGUGACCCAGAUGUAUGUAGGAAUUGCUGGGUUAGCUGUGGGGAUGGCUCUUUAGGUGAGCCACCAGGACGAGGAGAUGAUUAUCAAUGUGGAAACAUGAAACUCCUUCUAAAGCAACAGCAACGAAUCCUUCUGGGGAGGUCUGAUGUUGCUGGAUGGGGAGCCUUUAUAAAGAACCCUGUUAACAAAAAUGAUUAUCUCGGAGAAUACACUGGUGAACUGAUCUCCCACCGUGAGGCAGAUAAGCGUGGGAAGAUUUAUGACCGUGCGAAUUCAUCAUUCCUUUUUGACUUGAAUGAUCAGUCUGUUCUUGAUGCUUAUCGUAAAGGCGACAAACUGAAAUUCGCAAACCACUCUUCAAACCCUAAUUGUUAUGCAAAGGUUAUGCUGGUAGCUGGGGAUCAUCGAGUUGGCAUUUUUGCCAAGGAGCAUAUUGAAGCCAGUGAAGAGCUCUUCUAUGAUUACCGUUAUGGACCUGAUCAUGCACCAGCAUGGGCACGGAAGCCAGAGGGUUCCAAAAGAGAUGAUUCAUUAGUAUCACAUGGCCGAGCACAGAAACACCAAUCUCAUUGAUGGCUGCUAGGGUUGUCAAUCAGUCGAAUUUUUUCAGAUCACACUUGAUCAGAUCAAUGAUUGCAUCUGAUCAUACCCUUAAUGGUAAGCCCUUAUUGGAUCAGAUCUGAAGCAAAAAAUCCCAUAGUUUGUCAGCCCUAAUGGCUGCAGCUUUUACAAAUUCUUAUGUUUUUAUUUACCAAUCAACAAAGGUUAAAAAAAAGGAAAGAAAAAAGAAA